AUGGGGGCCCAUGAUUCCUCCUACGUGUCUGGCUACCCAUAUAGCUAUGACAUCUGCUGUGAUAAUUUGAAGGAUCUUAGAUUGGCUCAUAUUAUAACUCAGCCAGAAAUUGGACUUCGUUUUCUCCUGGGGAAGUGCAAAGCAUUGGAGACACUUUAUUUGGAGUACGUUAUUGGUCUAAGUGAGAGUGAGAUGAUCGCACUAUUCCAGAAUUGUAGCAACCUUAAAAGCAUCUCACUUCGACUCAUCCCUCUGCACUGUGAAGAUUAUGAGUUUAGGACAGCAUUGACUGAUGUUAGCCUUAAGGCUCUAGCACUCAGCUGCCCUAUGCUUCAGGUUGUUGAGCUCACAUUCGCAUUUUGCUCUGUGCGUCGGCCAACAGAUAUAGGCUUCACACAAGAGGGUAUUGUAGCGCUCAUCCCAUCCUGUCCGAUUCGUGCUUUUGUGCUUAACGGUGCCACCAUUUUCCGUGACGAGGGGAUGAAGGGCCUCUCAUCCUCACAGUUUCUGGAGACACUCGAGCUCGUGCAUUGCAAGUCUAUAACUGAUGCUGGGAUGGAUCUCAUUGCUCAGGCUCCUUGUCUGAGUCACCUCACGCUACGUCAAUGUAGCAGCAUCACCGAUGAUGGAAUGGCUGCACUCAUACGUUCUCAUAAGUUGGAGUCACUGACGGUUAUAGGCUGCUGCCAGGUCUCUCAGGAGGGCAUUCAGGGAGCUGCCAAAACAGUUCGCUACUCGGCAGAGAUUGAAAACCUCGGCAGCUUAAAAGGAAUGCGGAUUCAGUAUAUGGAGUUUUAG